AUGACCAGUCUUGGAUACCAGUUUGCUGACGUCUCAAAGUACCCUGUUCCAAGUUGUCACGGAAACGUUAUGUCACCACAACGUUUGGCUGUGGCCGUGCGAUGGCAGCACCCCGCGGUUUCGCUGCAGAGCUGUGCGCACCAGCAGCUUUCUCUUGUGGCCGCUAGGGACGCCACCGGUGCAGCUCGUCUACAAUUCUCUCCAGUUCGACCACCCAAGGCUCUGCCAGGGAGAGCCGUCACUCCGGGCACGUGCCCUAUUUCACAAAAAGACCAGAACGCAUAUCUAUUUCCGCUGAAGUGUAAAAGAGAUAUGCAUCAUCCCAUCCAAAUGAAACCUGCUGACAGUGAAAAUAGAAAUGGUGCGUAA